UUCAGCCUCCCUCCCCGCCGCCCCGCGUGCUUCAAACUGGGCUCAAGCAGGGAGCGGCAACGGCGGCGGCUGCCGUUGCCUUGCAAACAUUGAGAGACAGCGCCUGUCAUGCUUCUGAGCAACAGCCAGCUCCCUUCUCCUCCUCCUCCUCCUCCUCCUUCUGUUGCUGUGCUGCAUUGGGAAUAGCGGCGUUGCCAUUGAACGGCGGGACCGAGGCAAAGAGGAGCCCCGACCGAGCGCUGACAAGAGGCUUGGGCUUGCUGUUGUCUUGAGGCGAAACAAAACAAGGAGGGGGGGGGGGUUACUGGUUAAGCGGGGCGUGAGAAAAGAGCCGACGCGGGAGAGACACACACACACAGAGAGUGUGUGUGUCAGACUACAGAAGGGGCUGAGCUCUCUCGCUUCUCUCCUUCCCACCUGCCCGAAUGGCUGGAUGGAUCAAGAGCUGAACCCGGCUGGCGAACAAACUUGCAAAGGCCGUCGGAUGCCUUUGGGAGACGCCGCCGUGCUUGCUGGAUGCCGGGACACCAUUUCCGCCCGCGCCGCUUUGCACGAGGGGCGGGAGGGCGCCGAAGGCGAUUGUUGGCGCGGCGGCUGCUGCUGUUGCUGCUGCUGCUAAGGCGAUCCUGAUGUCCGCCCCUUCCCGGGACGCAAUGGCGGCGGCGGCGGCGGCGGCGGCAGAUAGGAGCCCCUUGAAUCCUGCCCAGGCUGGCUUAGCCUCUCCCACCAUUUGAUUGGAUACGGCUGGGCUCUGCGUGGGACUGCGGGGCUGCUGCGAGGGCUCGGGGAAACCAUGGGUUACUGCAGCGGCAGGUGCACGCUGAUCUUUAUCUGUGGCAUGCAACUGGUCUGUGUGCUGGAGAGACAGAUAUUUGAUUUCCUUGGUUAUCAGUGGGCACCAAUCCUGGCAAAUUUUGUACACAUUAUUAUAGUCAUACUUGGCCUAUUUGGAACCAUCCAGUAUAGAGCUCGCUACAUAACAGGAUAUGCUGUCUGGCUAAUCCUCUGGGUUACAUGGAACAUAUUUGUUAUCUGCUUCUACUUGGAAGCUGGAGACCUAUCAAAGGAAACAGAUCUUAUUCUGACCUUCAAUAUUUCAAUGCACCGGUCUUGGUGGAUGGAAAAUGGCCCAGGCUGCACAGUGACAUCUGUGACUCCAGCCCCAGAUUGGGCCCCAGAAGACCAUCGCUACAUCACUGUGUCAGGGUGCGUUCUUGAAUAUCAAUAUAUAGAAGUGGCUCACAGUGCUCUACAAAUCUUUUUUGCACUGGCAGGAUUCAUCUACGCCUGUUAUGUUGUGAAAUGUAUCACCGAAGAAGAGGACAGCUCUGAAUACCCGGUGAUGGGCGGAAGAUUGGCCUACUGGCUCCCUGGAGCAAACCAGAUUGAUUUCAUAGGUGGAUUUGACUCUUACGGCUAUCAAGGCCCACAGAAGACAUCACAUUUACAGCUACAACCAAUGUAUAUGUCUAAGUAGACACAAGCUGAAUCUGUCCUGGGGAUGAAAGACUGGACAAAGAUCUACUUCUUGCACAGCCUCCUACAGGUUGCAGAAGAAUGAAAGAAGACCUAACUUUUCCGUUUCAAUAUAUAAUAGAACACUCAGAGACAAGGGCCUCUCUGUCUAGCUAGUGCUGGCAGAAGUGCACAAGAUCCAGUCCCUCCCAACUUUGAUUUUCCAAGUUCCUACACAGAAGGUUUUAAAAAAAAAGCAGUGGUGCCAUCUCCUGGCCACUAUCUACCUUCUGCCUUUUUUUUUUUUUUUUUUUUUGCACUUGCCUCUGAUUUAUGAAACAAUCUCAUCUGUUUUAGCUACUUGAGGCUCUUUUGUACUCUGUCUGGAGCCAUGUCUUCUUAGUCCAUACAGAUUAAAGAUCUUUAGAUAACGUUGAAGCUGAAGUCAGUAGACAGGAAGUUGUUCACCCUAAAGGCUGUUUAAUAUAUGCUUGCCUUAACCCAUACGAAGUCACACCCACAGAACUUUGAUGAAAGCUCUCUGAAAUCACUUACUUUAGGAUCAACCAUACUGUUCAUGAAUUCUAAACAAAAAUUAUAAAGCUGCGUCAGGUAAUAGUCUACGCUCCCACUAUUCCGGAGAUAUCUGUAUUAAAAAAAAAAUCUGUCAGAAAAAAAAGUGCUUUAUGGUUAAGCUUCCAGAAUACCUAGUUUCAAAUUACUUCAAUGUAUUUUAAAAGAACUGGACACUUUGGGAGCUGGGGAAUGCCAAGAAAAUGAACUUUUACUAAACAAUAACUAAAGAAAGUGCAAACUCAGUGCUCCUUAACCCCACUGUUUUAGUGAAUGCACUCUAAGUGCUUUUAUAAAUGAUUCUAACCUACGUCUUUUACUAAUAACAGAGAUAUCUGCAUAUUUCUAUCGACAGAGGCCAACUGCAUAAGUAUUAACAAUGUUUACUCUUUUAUAACUAAUUCCAGUUGAAAACUUUAUGUAAGUGAGCUUUUUUUAAAAAAAACAAAACACUGAAAACCUGCAGCAUAUAAGAUCUUUCUGGAUUCUGUUCUUUUUUUUUUUUAAGUUGGGGUGGGAGUACUUGCAUUGGUGAGAUUUUUGAAAACCUUUUUUUUGUGGUACUGGGGAAAACUGUUGUGUGUUAGAAUGUGUAUCUUAUCUUCCUGUAUUUUUGUGGCUAAAAAAAACCUGUGCUGUUAUGUAGUUGGCAACAAGAUGCCUUUGGAAACUUUACUAGUAGGUCAAUGUCUAUGAAAUACUCUUGACUCCUAGAAGCGUCUGUAUUCUGAAUUUGAGCUGUAUAUUCAACUACUGCAGUGGCUUUUCUUUGGGAAGAGUUAUAUUGCUCAGGCUUUUUUUUUUAACUUGAAUUGCCCUAAUUUCUUUAUUUAAAACCUACAAAUACAUCAGCCUUAGGCACUUGCUGGAUUAGGGUCUUCUUAGCCCACUACAGCUUCUUCAAAUAACUUUUGUCUGCACAUGCCAAAUGUUUCAAUUCUAUAUGGCCUAGAUAUCCACCAUCCAUUGUAGUAACUCUCAGUACAAGUAUCCUAGAAAUAAGACAGUUAACCUUUACCCAUUACCACCAGUGUAUACAUACCAUACAUACCAGUGUAUUUACAAAAAUGCCACCUGAAUGACAACAGAACAGGUAUUUCUAACAGAAACAAAAACUAAUUGGUUCCAGCAAUAAAUGUCACAUCAGUAACAGCGAUAUGAGUGGAACACAAUAAUGUAAUGUAUAUAAAAUAGUGGUUAGUACUUGAAAAUUCCAAAAAAUAUAAGACUUAUAAUUAAGCCUCUGCCUGGUUAUAUCAACACCAGUGGUAGUAAUGAUAGCAUAUGUACUGUCGCUUUAGUUAAGCUUCUAAAGAUGCUCUCAGUUUUAAUGGUUGUUUGCAAUUUAAUUAUUUUUUGUCAGAGUCAAGAGGCACAACUCUUGUAGACCUGAAAUUUACUUAUUACCAGUGAAAUUAGUAUGGAGUACAUGAUAUAUGGAUUGUCUCCCCAACCUUGUUUUUUACAUUUAUUAUCCUUAAUAUCAAUGAAAAAAUGAGAUGACUCUGCAGUAAGUAGCAUAAAGUCAAGACAAAUGUAUAGGUUUGCAUUCAAAUCAUCAAAGCAGCAGGUUUGGAGAAAUGAACUCUCACUGACAUUCUACAACCAAUAAAAUAGGACAAAGUAUUUUUAAAAGUAGAUUUGUAGAUUCUAGAAAAGAAGUUUAGACAUCUUAAAAUGUUAACUGUUCUGUAUCUCAAAGUCUUAUUAAGAAGAAAUAAGGAUCCAUUGCAUAAUUUAUGCACUAGUUCACUUUUACUGAACACUUUAUAACCUAAUUCUUUUAAUAUUACAAUUAGGUGCAUAGUUUUGCCCUAUGAUGUAACCAUAUAACUGGGGAGAAAAGCAAUGGGUAACCACUUCUGCAUUGUCAAGAGAGCUGCAUGUUUGUGAAGUCACCAGCAGUUCAAUUCUACUCAAAAGAGACAUUAAAAUUUAUAAUAAUAAAUAAACAAAAGCAUACAGUACAUCAUACAUGCUGGGGACUAAUGAAAUUUUGCUUGCUGUCACUCCCCAUGAGCAAACAUUGUGAUUCUUCUAGUUUAGAAUUAUUGAGUGCAAACUAAGCACAUUUGACCAAUUCCUGCUUUGUACCACAUUCUAAAUUAAGGCAUUCCUGUAUCUCUACAUCAAAUGUUUACUUUGAUACAGUUAAGGAAAAAGUCUUUUUUCUGUUACUUAACAGUUUAUGUACAGUAACUCUCCCCCCCACACACACACACACACACUCACUCACUCACUCUCUCACAUACAUACACACUCGGAGGGAGAAGCAAAUCACCCAGUAUGGGACAUAAGUGAAUAAGAAGAAGGUGGAAUAUUCCUAUAUAUUCUAUGUGUUGAUGCACCACUCGGCCUGUGGGCAUAUUUGUCUCCAUGUAAAAAAUCAAGAGCCUCCAUAAACAGCAUGGAAAGUUUUGCAGGCCUAUAACCAGCUAUACUAGACUUUAUCAGAAACAUGAUUUUGAGCAUCAGCAAUUAUUUGGAGCAUAGCACAGUAACUGUAGAUGAUGGUUUAAGUAGCAGAGCAGAUGGCAGGAAGAAAAACAGGUUUCUGUGUUCGAAUGAGACACAGAAGAGUGUCUCAUUCUAGCCUCUUCCUGUUGAUCCAGGAAGAGGCUAGAAAGUACAUUUGAAUAAGACUAGAGAAUUUUGAGGCAAUGAGAAUUCUAAAUUUAAAUAAAACAUUGUCCACUAUAUAGAAAUAUGCCUGCACAAACCUAUAUACAUUAAACACGUGGACAGACAUGGGACCAGGCAUUUAUUUUCAUUCUUGUGCAGCAAAAUCAGUACCAUUCCAAAAGAAUUAUUACAACAAUAACUGAAUUGACAAAUCCACUAUGGCAAAAAAAUUUAAGAGCACAGUAGUGUGAGAAUAUUUGAACACUGUUGAAUUAUACAGCUGCAUCCUCUUCAAAAUCCAAUGAAGUAUGUUAUUUUUCUAGACUGGGCUUUCUGUUAUUGUUAUAAAUCCAAAUAUUCAAAAGGCAAGUGUUAACGAUCCAAAUGUUUCUCUCAUUUUUUUUUCUUAAGAGUCAUUUGUUAAUUCUGAAUGUAUUUUUAACAAAAGGUGACCUUUUUUGACUAACUAGUGUAAUUUGCAUUUUAAAAAAUAAAUGGAAAAAAUAUA